CAGCAAAACAAGUUCAUUCUGCAUCGAGAAUCCGAUCGUGCUCUUUAAUGCCAAUCGCUCUUCCACAAGAGAUAAAAGUGGAAAAUUUUUAUUUGACAAAUGAAAAGCAGCUAUUCUCUGAAAGUAAAAGCAGUAAAAAUAAAUCCAGUGAAUAAUAAAAACAGCAUCCGCUAAAUUUACCUAAUGUUUUCACUCAAAAUAAAAAUGGAAAAAAUUUAAUGGAAAGCGUGUGUGAAAACUUGAUUUUCAUUGUCAAAAAGUGAUUUUAAAAAUAGUGAACACCGGUUAUACGUAUUUUUACGCGAUUUACUACCACCUCUAAGGCUGAGUGGGGAAGUUUAUACAUAUUUUCUUGUACGUGCCAUCGAAUGAGGUGAUCGCUUUACAUGUGGUGACAUUCAGAAGUCGCUUAGCAGCCAUGGAUCCGACGGAGAGUAACAAAGAAGCUUGUGAGAAAUCUGCUUCAAAACAGAACGGAUAUGCCAUCAACAAUGAAAUGCCCCUCGAUAACUUCAUUGAUAAUGAAGAUGAGGGUAUCGAAGUGGAAAUGGUGGUUCCUCCUGAUGGUGGCUGGGGUUGGAUGAUAGUGGCUGCAUCAUUUAUGUGCAAUCUUGUAGUGGACGGAAUCAUCUUCAGCUUUGGAGUUUUCCUUGAAGCGAUCAGUCAACAAUUAGAAGUUUCAAACGCCAAGGUCGCCUUGGUAGGCUCCUUGCAAUCGGGAUUUUAUUUAAUGGCUGGUCCAUUCGUUUCUGCACUGGCGAAUAGAUAUGGUUUCAGACCGGUUGCUAUUCUGGGCAGCGUUAUCAGCUGCAUUGCAUUUGUACUCUCAUCUUUUAGUUUUUCCGUAGAGUACUUAUAUUUUACUUAUGGUAUUUUGGGAGGCAUCGGUGCUGGACUGAUUUAUGUACCUGCGGUGAUAACUACCGGAUUUUAUUUCGAAAGAUGGAGAGCAUUGGCCACCGGAAUUGCGGUCUGUGGGUCUGGUAUCGGGGCUUUCAUUCUUUCACCAAUCUCGGAUAUUCUAGUCAAAAAAUAUGGCUGGCAACAGGCUCUUUUGGUACAAGCUGGAAUGUUGUUAAAUUGUGCUGUAUUUGGAGCGCUGUUUCGGCCCCUUAAACCGAGGAGGAUCAAAGUAAAACCGACAGAGGAAAACGCGAUGAUGGAAGCAAAGACGUCGUUGAUGGCAAAAGGUUUAUCACUUGGAUCAUUACAUGCCGGACAGCCAAUAAGAAGUCGUUUCUUUGGAACUAAUAACAACACAGAGUAUCCGACGGCUGCUCAAUUCAUCGGUAGCAGCCCCAACAUAGUAAAUAGCCGAUCAAUGCACUCUUUGCAUAAGGUGAUUGAAUUGAAGCCAAUGGAUAGACAAAUAAGCAUCUCAGAAAAAAGACUUUCUGUGCCAAUAUACCCCGACUUGGAAAUUGUCGUCGAUGAGGAAGUAAAAACUGUCGAAGAAGAAAAUAAUUUACUCAGUGGUGAUUUGGAGAGAUUAAACGGUCGUAUACCAACGAUACGCAGACACACGAUUAGCGGACGUCGUCGGAGUUCUGAUAUCAGCCACAAAAAUCUCAAGCUGAGCAAUGGAAGAAGUCCACCUGUGAAGGACCACCAGCGCCCUUUUUACAGGGAUGACAUUUUUUACGGAGGAUCCUUAAGUAGACUUCCCCAUUAUAGAUCACAAAUAUCCUCUGUGGGAUAUCACAUGUCAGUCACCCGACUUCCGACUGCAAAAGAUCUCGCUGAAGAAGAAAGUGGAGGCUGCUAUUUAUGUCCCGAAAGUGUAAGAAGAAUUUUAUCUACUAUGUUGGACUGGAGUCUUCUCAGGAGUCCUUCUUUUUUGAUUUUGGCAAUCAGUGGGGCUCUAACAAUGAUGGGAUUUUAUACACCUUUUGUAUAUCUACAAGAUCGAGCGAAGUCAUAUGGUAUGGAACAAUCUAGUUAUAUGUUCCUAGUCUCAAUUAUUGGAAUUGGUAAUACAGUUGGUCGAGUUGUCUGUGGACUAGCAAGUAGUAUUCCAGGAGUUGAUCCUCUGAUGGUCAACAAUAUUUUCAUCAGCAUUGGUGGAUUGCUCACAAUAUUUUCUGGUCUCUCACACUCUAAAGGAUAUCAGUUCUUCUAUUCUGCUGCUUUCGGUCUCAGCAUUUCCGUAUUUGCGUCACUAAGAUCAAUUAUUGUUGUGGAUUUAUUGGGACUCGAAAAACUAACAAAUGCUUUUGGACUUCUACUCUUAUUCCAAGGAGUGGCUGCAACAGUAGGAUCACCUUUAUUAGGAGCUUUUAGAGAUUUGACUGGAAGCUACAAUAUACCCUUUUAUGUUUCUGGAUCGCUGAUACUCUUAUCAGCUGUAAUUUGCUAUCCUCUGAAAAGGAUAAACGAAUGGGAAAAGCGUAGAAAUUCCGAAAACACAUCCAACUGCUCAAAAUCCUGAUCAUGGAUUUCAUGGGGAAAUUUGUCAAUUUUCCAUAUUCAAAAAGUGAUCACCAGUGCCUGCGAGUUGAACUCUACUUGAACGUAUACAAUACGUUCAACUCAAAAGUGGAGAAAAAAUGGUUCAGGCUGGAAAUAUUGUUUCAGCAAAGAAAAGUUGUGAGGGUGAUAGAUCUUAAAUUUUCGAAAAGACAAUGUGCCAUUCCUUUGUGAUGUUUUGUUGAGAGUCGCAGGAUAUUUAAGAAUUUAAGACUUAAUUUAAAUAGCGCGUGUUGAUGUCGUAUUUACGUUCUAGUAAAUUUCGAUAGAUCUGUUAUCUCUUUAAAUGAUGAGCUAUUUUUGUAAUGAGUACUACAAAGUUUUAGCAUUGGACGUUUAAAAAACUCGAAGACAGGGUGUAGUGUGUUUCGAGAAUUAUUUCAUGUAAAUAUCAAUUUUUUGCAUUUUAUUGUAUAAAUAAAAGUCCCGCAAAAGUGUUUCACGAAUUCGAAAAAUGUAUCAGUUUCCCAAGGCUUGAAACGUCUGAGGAAGAAAUUUGGUUUUUAAUUGUUAAUCAAGUUGACUUAUUUAUUUUACUCUCUAAAUAUUUGUUGAAAGCUUAAAACACUUUUGUGGAAAAUCAGUUUUGAUAGAUAAAAAAA